AAUGGGUACAUCUCCAAUCAUUUUCUCUCUCACCCUCUCUCUCUCUCCUACACCGUGGCCUCCUCCAACGACUACACCAACCUCGUUUUCAAAGGCUGCGCAGACCAGCAAUUCCCCGACUCCAACCCCCUCUACAAGCAAACCUUCGAAACCCUCGCCGCCGCCCUCACCUCCCAAUCCUCCGCCGCCAACUUCUACAAAACCUCCUCCGGCGACGGCGCUUCCGCCAUGAGCGGCCUCUACCAAUGCCGCGGGGACCUCUCCGGCGGCGCCUGCAGCGGCUGCGUGGCGAAGGCCACGUCCAUGGCGGGGAAUCUGUGCGGCGCCUCCGUGGCGGCGCGGGUCCAGCUGGGCGGCUGCUACAUCAGGUACGAGAUGGCCGGGUUCCAGCAGGCGAGCGCGACCGAGUUGGUGUACAAGGCCUGCGGGUCGACCCAGGGCGGGCUCGGAGACAGGCUGGACGCGGCAUUGGACGGGAUCGCGAAUGGCGUGGCGUCGGGUGGGUUCUACGCGGACGGGUACGAGUCGGUGUAUGUGUUGGGGCAGUGCGAGGGCGAUUUAACCGGCGACGACUGCGUGAACUGUGUGAAAAUGGCGGCGGAGAGCGCCAAGUCUGAGUGCGUGAGCUCCGUCUCUGCGCAGAUAUAUUUGCUCCAAUACUAUAUUACCUAUACGUACGGCGCUCCCACCAACCAUCAAUCCUCCUCCUCGGGGGAAAAGAAGAAUACGCAGAAGACGGUAGCGAUUGUGAUUGGAGUGUUGGCGCUGAUAAUGAUGGAUCAUUAAUUUCACAACAACCACACUCUCAAAUACACGUGGAGUAAGUGAGUUUAUAGGAAAAGAUCAAAAUACCCUCAAUAUGUAAAAACUAUAAAUAGCGAGACAUUGUAUAUUGUAGUAAGAUUUACGCACACCUUAUACUCAGAGUAAUAAAUAUCUUGAUAGUAGUGAGUUAGUGUGAGUAUUGUUGUGAAUGAAGUUUGAGUCCCACUAUCGUUGUGUGUGGAGUUUGUGAACCAUACUGUUAUAAAUGGUAGUGAAAAUGAUAUUGUGGAUGAAUCAAAAUGACAAAAGUGG